GGGCAACGUUAGGUAGGCCAUAUCUUGGCCACAUACUUUGGAACGCUCACGGAUCUUACUAACGACUUUCGGGAAAAUUGGGCGACAUCUGACGUUCACACCGGCCGAAUAGCUGCCCUGCCAUCGAUUCACGUACCCGAUCAUCCUAAGAUAACCUUCAAACGUAUCCUCGAUGGUCUUUGAAGUCGUGAACCUAGCAAAGUUUUCUGAAGUUUUUGCGUCCACUACCGAGCUUUCUAGCUGCGCUCUUGGUGGUCGUGUGGUGUCAGUAUCUGAUGAGUUUUUCGCAGAGGCCUUUCAUUUACUUCUCGUAGAGCCUGCUACGAGUUUGAAGGGCCAGUUUGGGCCUAAUGGGGCAUUAUACAGUGGAUGGGAGAGCAGGAGGCACAAUCCCACCUUCGACUGGUGUAUCAUCAAGCUCGGAACGUCGGGGACAAUCGUGGGUUUCGAUAUAGAUACGGGGCAUUUCAAUGGAAAUGAAGCACCUCAAGCAUCAGUCGAUGGAUUUUAUGAUCCAACAUCGGAAGAUCCUGACAAGAACGAUGCAAGAUGGACGGAAAUCCUUCCUAAAGUCAAUCUCGGACCAAAUUCUCGACAUCUCUUUACGGUACCACCUGGUUCUCGGGCAACAUUUGUCAAAUUGAAUAUGUAUCCAGAUGGCGGUAUUGCCAGAUUCCGGGUUUACGGUCAUGUUAUUCCUAUCGUACCAGAGGAUCCGCUCAAGAGCUUUGACUUGGCCCACGUAUAUGCGGGCGGACGGGUGGUACUCACGUCCGACCAACAUUUCGGCGUAGGGGCGAAUCUGAUUUUACCUGGACGGGGAAAGAAUAUGGGUGAUGGUUGGGAAACGAAACGUAGCCGCUUGCCAGGACAUAAGGACUGGGCGAUCAUACAGCUUUCAACGCCGGGAUACCUUGAACAAGUCGAGAUCGACACCAAUCAUUUCAAAGGAAAUUUCCCAGACAGCUGCGAAGUUCAUGCCCUUCAUCUUGACAAGGAGGUGGACUGGCGUGUAGGGCGCGCCGAGGAUCAGGAUUGGAAGGUGGUGCUACCGAGAAUAAAGUUAGGACCUCAUAGGCAACACUUCUUUCAACUCGAGAACGUGGCUGGCGUGCUUUACACUCAUGUGAAGGUUACUAUUCAUCCGGACGGUGGCAUCAAGAGAGUACGUGUGAUCGGUAGGCGGUCGAGGAAGGAAGCGUCCGAAGGCGUUACAACUAUCGAAGAAGAAUCUCCAAAAGUCAAGGAUAUUCAGCUGGCCCUUACGAAAGAUCAGAGCUUGAAGAACAGUAAGGUUCUACCUGUCUUGCCGCUCACCCCGGAAGCAUUCGCGCCGUUUGGACAAGUAAUUCAAGCAUAUGGUGACCAUGCGGCUGCGCCUAAAGGCAUCAAGAUCACUCCAGCUAAUGGUGGAACCGCAGACAAAUUCCACAAACUCUCCUUACUAGCUCAGUCAUAUCCCGUUGGCGCUGGUGCUACCACCGGCAUUUCGGUCUAUAGGUGCCAGCCUUUAACAGACAUCGCCAUGGACGGCACUUGCCAAUUAAAGGAGUUGGAACGUCAUGCGUUUACGAACCAGGUGUUUGUUCCUAUGGGAAAAGGCUUCGGAGAAGAGUUGACUCAUCCUGCUGAGAAAUAUUUGGUUGUGGUGACGAAGAGUGGAAUGGAUGAUAAACCAGAUCUAAAUUCGCUGCGAGCGUUUACAGCGACCACAGCACAGGGAAUAGUGUACAAUACCGGAAUUUGGCACCGACCGAUUACGGUUCUAGAGAAGGUAUGUCGUUCUACUUGAAUAGGAUUCCUAUUUCUGAUGUCAGGAAAUUAGCCAAUGGACUUUGCAUGUGUAGAAACACAGAUAGGAAACGGAAGCAAAGCUGACUGUGAAAUCGUGAAAGUGGAUGAGGAAAUAAGAUUGAGGAUAUGGUAAACUGUAGUCACCCGUGAUUUCCGAAUUCAGAAGUCAGAUGUUUGCAUCUGUUGUUACCUCCACCU